CAUCUUCAGUUCCGAAUGGUGCUCCGACGAGAUAGGUUCAAUUUGUUUUCACUAGCUUAACCGCCUUUUUUUCGAUCAUUGAAACCGAUUGAGACCGAUUGAGACAUAGUUAUUGCACUAAUUAGAGUUUUCCAUAAUUAUUGAGAAAUAUAAAUCGAUGUUAAGCCUUUUGAAAGGAUAAAAAUAAAAAUGAAAAGUGGAAAAUGUGAAGAGUUUAUUCGUCAGAAAUAGAUCAAAGAUUAUACAAUUAAUCUCACGUUAUUAUUUCUGUGUGUAUCAGCUCAAAAUAUUGUGUGCUAUUUAUAAUUUUAUCGUCAUAUUAUUUAUGUAAUCACUUUUUGUGUUUAUUCUCUCCUCGUUUGUACUAUCUGGCGGUGGAUCUUCUGUAAUUGAAUGUCAUCGUACCACUUUUCUCCUCUCCCCAUUCAUCCUAAUUAAUUGACAUCAUUUUAUGUGAUGACAUCCUGAAGGAUUUCCCAAAAUUAUACCCAAAAAAAAAAUACCAGGAGAUCUAAAAGAUAAAAAAAACGAACGAGAAGAAUAACAGUUCGUAGAACGUGCGCACUUCUAAAAAUAUCCAAAGAGGUCGCAUUUUUCGCGCGUUUUGCCGCGAAGAAAGUCGCGACGUGCACAUUUUAAACAUUUUACCGUGACAUUGAGGCGCGCGCCGCUCAUAAUUCGACUCUUCAUCCUGAAGAAAGAUAUAGAGAUUCCCUCUCACUGACCAUAAUUCCCCGAACAAUCUUCCGCGAGUGAGCUCAAGAUCUUUUGGGGUUGGAAGCAAAAGAAAAUAAAUUUGAAAAAAAAAGUUUCUUAUGCAAUUCAACAGUGCGUGAAGAAUGCACCAACAAUCACGACAAUGAGUUUCAUUUGAAGUGGGUUAAUUAAUUCCAACAUUAAAAAAAAAUUGUGAUUCUCAGAUUUGGCCCUUAUUGAUAGAUCUUCUAAAAAGAACUGACUCCCAAAGAAACCAUGGCUCAUGUGGCAGCAACAGCAACACCAACUAGAUACGAUACGCCAGGUCUCGGUCCAAAGAAGACCUUCUUCGUGCUAGUCACCGUUGUUGGAUGCAUAGCAAUUCUCUGGCCAAAAGUCUUCUAUCCCAUGCUGAUGGGUGGAGGGCAAGAGAAACAACUCAUGAAUGACUACAGGGGAUCAGGAUGCUGUGAUGUGGUAUUAGAUUCCGAUGAAUUUGCAAAUGUUUCCUCCACCCUCUCGUCCAUGGAGCAUCCUAAAAUUUUUCGAAAGAACAUCAAUCUAUUCACAGGGGAAAUUAGCAUCAGGCAGGAACGACCACUGCAUAUGCAUCCUGAUGCUGUUCAUCCGGCAAUGAGGGAACGUGGUAGAGCAAUACCCUCAACGCCAACAGUUCCAAUUAUAGAAAAGAGUGCUCCAAGUGUUGCACCUGGAUCCCCAACGAGUCACAUUGUGGAUGGACGACCACGUCCAAUGCCCAAUUUGCCACGACCGCCGAUGGGAGCAGGUGCAGUUCAUCAAGCUACUGGACAAAAGUCAACUAAUACAAUGGGCUUUGUCAUGCCUCUGUACACCAUUGGGAUUGUCUCCUUCUUCAUUUACACUCUGAUGAAGAUUGUCAUGAAAAAGUCCAACACAUCACCCUAUCCAAUUCCACCUAAGGAGGAUCCAACGUUCACGAGUAAAGUCUUUAGUCAGCAAGAAUAUAUCGGUUACAAAAGGCCAGACAAUGGAGGAUCUUCCAAAUUGGGAUGGAAAGAACACGAAGCAAAGCUGAAUGGGGCACAACGACCUAAAACCUCAGCUUCCUCGUCGGAAAAGGAGAAUGAACAACUCCUGGAGAUCAGUUUACUGAGGAAGAAAUUGCAGGAAACGGAAAGUGCAAUGGCAAAUAUUAUAGCAGAAUUGGGAAAAGUAUCCUCCAAGAAGGGAGGAAAUCAGAAUUCAACAGAUGUUUAUCAGCAGAAUGGGCAAGUAAAACCAGCAGCAGAGGAAACACUGGCCAAUGGACACGUGAAUGAAGUGGAGGUACCUGAGGAGGACUCCACGAAGCGGAAAAAACGCGAUCUCAGCAGUGAAAGGGCGACUGUUAAGGUUCUGGGCAUGGAAAUGACUGCUAGUUGCGAGGGAGGACAUAAAUGGAGUGGUCGUCCUCCGACACCGAAUUUCACUGCACAAAUUCGACCACAUUCCCCGUCGGAGGAUGCAGAAGAGAAGCCAGAGCCACAGAGUAUCUUCCUGGAAGGAGCAUUGCCCCAUGAAUCGCAGAUUCUUGUGGCAGAUUCAGCUGUAACUGAGGAGAAUGUCGAGACGGAAGAUGAGGAGGAUGGUGGAAUCGUUUUGAGCAGCAAAAUGACUCUGUCUUUGAUAAGUUUGGAUCCACCAGAGGCCCAAGAUGAGUCUGAUGAUAAGGAAAAUCAGAAGCCAGAUGAGGACGUAAAGAAGGAAGAUGAACCAGCAAAACAGGAAGAAUAGAACAUGAUAGAAAGGAGACUUUGCCAUUAAAAAAAAGAAUCUUAUAUAAACUUUAGAAAUUUAAGUAACAUUUCAAGAAUUAGAAAGAGAGUUUCAAAAAAAUGAAAAAUUGACUGAUAUAAGUUGAAAAUAUCGUGGCCAAAAAAUUCACUCAACAGUUAAAACUAGUGAUUGUUAAUUUUAGUGCGAAUAUUUGUAAAUAUUGCGACAGAAGAAAAAUGUUUAUUGCAUUUUUUCCUUAGUGAUUUUUUUCAGUGGAUGAUAAACUUGCUGAAUUCUUGCUUCUUGUUUCGAAUAAUGUAUCUCUGUAAUGCAAAGUGCUAAAUAGAUGAUGAUAGGACUUAAAUAAAAA